UCGCUGCAGCUAGAGUUACUUCCCCUCUUGUAAGUUGACGUUAGGCGGGAAUACAAACGGACGUCCUAAGACAACGAAAAGAAUCAAGAUAGAAAUGUUGCGACACAGUCUAAAUGAAGUUCAACAAGAGAGAAAUUGUCUGGAGAACAAGCUCCAUGAAGAGAGAGCAAAGAGAAGAGGACUUGAACAGGAAUUAGAAAAAAUAAAGAACAAAUUAGUACAGGUGAAAGAUAUUCACACCAAAAACACAGAAACUGCAAAAGUUGUCCAUCAUAAAGUGGGUCAGAUUCAAGCAUUGGCCAACAGUAUUGAAGAAGAAAACCAAGCCCGAAGAAACACAAUUGCUGAGAAAAAUGACAAAAUAGAAUCUCUAAAGAACAGUCAACACAAGGAAAUAAACAAAUUUGAAGAAAACUUGGCAGCCAUUGCAGACAAACUGGUUGCUGCUCGAAAGUUCUAUGAUGAUGACAAUCUGAGCAAGGAAAUUUCAAUACUUGAAGAAAGAAAACAGCAGAUGGAAAAUAAAGCUGGAGACAUCUACCAGGAAAUGAUGGCAUUACAGUCAAGUUUUGAAGAAUUAAGGCUUGGAGCAGAAAAUCAUAACGAUUUUAAUGAUAGCGGGAUCGACAUGGAUACAAAGAAAUCCAUUAGGUCACUGUUCCAAGAUGAACAUGGCAGAGCGUUCUCAGCCUUAGAGAAGGUUAAAGCAGAUAUACAGAAAGACAAAGACUUGCUACAGGAACUCAAAGUGUAAUCUACAAGAUCAGCUGUACAACGAAACAUAAAAUAGUUUUGUACAAUAGAGUUUAUUAACUCAUUCACCCUUGAAGGCACGUUUGAACUCCUCUGAUUCAGAGACUGUUUGUUAUGAAAUUUCAGGGAUGAAUGAGUUAGUAUUCAGAAUAUACACUAAUAUUUAUUCAAUACAGACGGACCAUUUAACUUACAGGAUACAACGCUGUAUACUUUUCCACAAAUUUGAAGUGUGGGCAGAAUUUGUGUACAACAAAAAGAAAGCUACAAUUGACUUUGAAGGAAAUAUUUCACCACUGAAUGACAUGCUAUGGUUACACAAAUGUACAUGAUAUAAUUACUGCAGUAGAUCUAACUUACACUAGUACUAUUAAAUAUGACUAGAACAUAAAUUGUGUUUGGUAAUAUUAAAUUGAAAUUCAAAAGUAAUUAUCUUAUUUAGAAUAUAUUUUAAUGUUAUUUAUAUCAUAUUGAUUUAAAUGUUUAAGUUUUUGUUCAAUUUUAUAAAAAGCUGUUAAUUUGUGAAAUUGCUUUUGAUUUCAAUAUUGUUUUGAAUAAAAUCAGGUAGGAAAUGAAUUUCGGAAAUUGUUUUCAUCUAAACUUGCAUAAAGUGCCUGCAUGGCAUUGGGUUUCCAUCAUCUGACCAUUUUCCACUUAUUACUUUAAAUACCUUCCCUGAGGCAUAACAUUAUGUCAUAUAACUUAAUUACUGGAGUAAAGAGGCCUAUUAGCCAUGGUCUUCUGAUGAAAUAUGAGGCCUAGAUUUUUUUCUGUAAUUUGCUGGAUUAUCAAACUGUAAAGUUGUCAUACUUCUGGUCUACAUAAUGUAUCAAAGGAUAUGUAUUUGACCCCAAUGACCUAGAAAGUACUGUAGGUCAAGGUAAUCAAAACCAGGAAUUAUGUUAGCACACCAUCCUUAUUUCCUCUUCAAUACUGAUAUUGUUCUCACAUGUUGCAGAAUAUAUCAAUAUUUUUUACUUGUGCUUAGCGCUUGUGAAAUAUACCGUGUAUAUAUGUAUCUAUUGUUUUCAACAGGAAACCGUCCAAAUACUCUCUUUUUAUUUCAGAAAAAUUUCAUUGAUGAAACUGAAAUUUACCCAAAAUAUACUUAAGUUAAUAUACAAACAUUCUGACAGAAAAUAUGAAUCAAAGAUUUUUUUCAUAGAAUAUUUAUUAUCAUUGCAUUAUUUCACAAUAACUUCCAUACUGUACAGAUCUUUAAGAUAUAUAUAUAAAUUAAAUAGUGAAAUUUGCCAAUGUAUAUAAAACUUCGUAAAUCCAUAGGGAAAAAAAUGAUGUUGCCUACAGCUCAAAGACUUUUAGCACUGUGACCAUCAGAAA